AUGGAAGUGUCGGUGGUGUCUAGCAGCACAAGGCGCGAGGGGCAGGGAUCUUCAGGAUCCUGGCUGUUCCUGUUCAAGAGCUUUUCAAGGAGUCUGCGGCAGUUCCUCAGCGAGACCGGUUUGCAUGGUCUGAAAUUUGUGGGGGAUCCCAAUCUCAGCAAUUGGGAGAGAUCCUUCUUCUUUGGCUCCUUUGUUACGGCUCUUGUCAUCACCAUCCACCUGAUUUCGAACAUCUAUGUCAAGUGGGGCAGCACUCCGGUGAUAAUUGGCAUCAGUCCCCAUGCCACCUCCAUACUGAAGGUUCCCUUUCCGGCCAUCACCAUCUGCAACAUGAAUCAAGUGCAAAAGAGUCGGGUGUCUAAUUACAGCGAGGGCUCCAACGAGAGUGCUCUUUUGAAGCUAUUGUGCGACGCGGAUAACUUGGAUGAGGAACUGCGCGACGCUCAGUUGGCUGGAAACACCCUGAAGAUAUCCGACUUUGUGGCUAAUCACUCUCAGGCCUGCGAGAGAAUGCUACUCUUUUGCAGAUUCAGUGCCGUCGAGCGGAACUGCUCGCAUCUGUUCCAGCAGGUCCUUACGGAUGAGGGCCUGUGCUGCGUCUUCAAUUUUCAGCCUCCGGAAUAUUUAUACAAGCCAUUCUCCGAUAGCGGACGAAAUCUGACAUCUGAAAGUGGCUUUGAGAGCGUGAAAUGGGAUCCGGAGACGGGUUAUCCUGAGAAAUUGCCUCCCAGAUUUUAUCCCUCCACAUCAAGUGGCACAGGCAUCACCUUGGGAUUUACUGCUGUUCUGGAUGCUGAAAUGAGCGAGUAUUUUUGCUCCUCGACCAAUGGACCAGGUUUUAAGGUCUACUUUCACAAUCCCGUGGAGGUACCUAUGGUCAAGGAGGCUGGCUUAAUUACAGCCAUUGGCUAUGAGACCAAUUACCGCAUCGAAAUGGUUCGUUCCGAGGCAGUUCCCGCCAUUCGCUCCAUAUCCCGCGAUGGCCGGCAGUGCUUGUUCAAAAACGAAAAGGACCUGAUCUUCUACAGUAUCUACACCCGCCUCAAUUGCGAAAACGAGUGCCUGGCUGCUUAUCUGUACGACAACUGUGCCUGCAUUCCCUAUGAUUAUCCGCAAAUCUACAGCAAUGCCACCACCUGUACCAUGCGGGACGCUCAUUGUGUCCGACGCGCCCAAAAGGCAGCCAUUCGGCAGGGAGAGGUCAAGUGUCUGAGUCAAUGCCUGCCCAGUUGUUUCGAUCUGAACUACUUGGCCAGCGGCUUUUCUUUUCCGUUGGCCACCGGCAAAUUUCAGCUGGCCAACGGGCUGGUGGAGGGCUUCAACAAGUCGUAUCUGAGCGAGAAUAUAGCCGUAAUCAAUGUGUACUUCCGGGAGUCUGUUUACUACGGAAAUAUGAAGAAUGCUUACGUGGGUUUGACGGAGUUUCUGUCCAAUGUUGGCGGUGUAAUGGGUCUGUUCAUGGGUUUCAGUGUCAUCUCAUUGGCUGAGAUUCUCUACUUUCUGAUACUCAAACCCCUCUCAGAGCUCUUCGUUUGGAAAAGGUCCUCCCAAGUGGACCCUGUUAAAAGUCUAAAACAUAAUGCUUUUGCCAUAGAACAUCCGGAAACCUUGAAUAAUUCAACUUUCUGGCAUCCACAGGAACUGUACCCCAAGGGUUUUACAUUGAAAGCCACCGAAAGGGUGAGACGGAUGAAGAGAAAUAAAAAUAUAACGAAUGCCUUUGUUAAGUAA